GAUCGGUUUACUGAUAAUAUAGUGAAUAAACUUCAUCAAAUAAAAGUAUAUGCUGCUAUUGGAUUUGAUAUGAAAAAAGGAAUUAAUAUUUGUUAUCCAUUAUCUACGAUUACCAUUCCAAAAACGUAUUCUGAAACUAGUUAUUUGAAGAUUUUGAUUGAAAAUUUUUGGUGUCUUAGAAAUGCCUUACAAGAAAUUAUUGAACUGGUCAUCGAAAUUAAUGAAGAUCUCGAACAAUUGCAUGAUUCAAGACCCAGUAAAAAUGUAGGAGGUUUUUUACAAUAUUGGAAUAUUUAUGUGCCGAAAACUUUUAUUCACUAUCGAGUUCUUGUUUUAAGAGUCAAAAAAUCAGAAACCACAUUUCCGGGCAAUACUGGGCUCUGGAGUUUAAGUACUUCUUCUUUUGUAUAG